AUGGGCGAGCGGUCGCCGUCGGGGCGCUCCGCGGGAGGCGCCUUCGCUGCUGGCACUGAGGGGCGGAGGGGGCCGGCGUGUGGGGCGCGCGCCACGAGCUCUGAUUGGCUCGGCCGGGUGCGCGUCACGCAGUGGGCGGAGCGGGGCGGGGCGGGGGCGCUUUCCGUUGCGCGCCUGGCGGCCGGGCGGGAGCGUGGGCCGGAGCCUGAGGCGAGAGCGCGAGGUCCCGGGCUCUGCCUCAGGAAAGGAGGCCUGAGGUGGAAAACGACGUUGGGGCUCUCGAGAGCCUCGGCUGGCCGUGCCCAGGCGCCCCUCGAACCCACCCGAGGACGUGGGCGUCACAGGCUGAGGAGAAAGUGGGAAUCCCACGGUGUCCCGGUGCCCCUUUCUCAGGGUGGCUUCCGGCGCGGCACGGGGCCUCGCUGCGCGUUUGCCGCCGCCCUCAGGGAGGCGUUUUCUCCAGCAGGAGCAGCCCCCCAGGCGGGACUCGAACCCCGACUGCCAUCGCGAGCCACCCCCGCGGCAGGCGUGGGCCUUCUCGUCAAGGCCCGGCCACCUCACUCUCGAGGCGGGAAGGAGCCGCACGACGGCCGCCUCCGGAUGCAACGGUCUCCGGGACGCGCUCCAUGGCCCCGCCUCCACCCCCCGCGCCAAUUCGGAAAACUCUCGGGAAGAAUCCGCGGGGCCUCGGGGACCGGGACCAGGACCAGGCGCCGGACGCUGAUGGGAAGGAGGGGACACCCGGAGUUAGGGACAAAAUCACGAGGCCACUCGCAGAGCCCUCGCGCGCGAGUUCAUCGACUGGCCCCUGAGCGCUGACCUUAUUCAGCAAGACCUGAGCUCGGGGAGCGGGGUGACAUCUAACUGGAAUCAUCGUGAUGGAGCCACGUGGUCCAACAGUGCCCCGUCCUUGUAACCAGGAGGGCCCGCAGUGUCACCACUUCCUCAAAGUGAGGCCACUGCCCUCAGCUUCUUGGAGACAGCAGACAUGAGCAGAAACCGCCAAAAGUCAGGAGCAAAUUUGUUUCAGAAUCUCUCCAAAUCUUUGGCUUAAAACAAGUUCAGAGGGAUUUUGGUGCACAGCUACAGACUGAGCUGGUUUACUGCACAUUUAUAAAUGGAAAUCUUUAUUUCUUUUCCUCUCUAUGUUUUUAAGAAAUCCUGUUGCAAGGUCAUUAAUCACGUUAUCCAUUAUACCACAAACAAAUGGAUUUGUCACUUGUGCGCAGAAGGCGAGGUUGAUUCUGAAAGCAAAUUGUACCAAAAUAAAUGAAAUUAUUAUGAUAAUAUAAACUAGACUGCAGUGAUUAAUUUCUAGAAACCAAAUUCUGACCUGCUUUGCACUUCAAACAAUAGCUUCUAUUUUGUAAAUAGUUGUGGGGUUUUCAAGGACAUUAUUGCUAAAUUAUAAGAAAAGUUCUAUUCAUGAAAAUCUCUUCGUGGAUAAAAAUGAGAGACAGGAACCUGGUCUACAAGGUAUCCAAAGCAGAGGACAAUGGAAGUAAUGAUGGUUCAGAAUCCUGAUGUUCACACCUGGGAUAGCCUUCUCUUAGCUGAAUGAAAAGUGCAAAAAGACUGCAUAUUUGAGACUUCUAUCAGAGAGGAAUUGUACCAUUACCAGCCUCCAUCAGGAAAAUAUGUUCAUCUAUGUUCCAGAUGUCCCAUUGCCAUCUCCACUCAGCCCUAGAGCACAGGAAGUGAAUUAAACCCUUCAUGUACAUUUGCUGCUUUUGCUGCAGAAGUAGCAGCUCAUUCCAUCCAGAUUCUUUCUUCUUUUGCUCUGUAAUUCAGUCUAGCUAAUGAACAGCCCAUCUGGGUUACAGGGGGUAGGAGAUAUUUCCCUUAAAUAUAAGCAGCCUAAAUAAAUCAAUUCUCCAACUAUGACUUUCUUCUCUCUUCAACAAGAAUCAGUUAAGCAACCUUUAUUUUACUCCCUAACUCAAAUGAAUCCCAUUUGGAUUCAUUAGGAAAUAGUUUAAAACCCUUAGAAUGAAGAAAAAAAAUCUUCUGUGUAAAGUGAUACUGUGUUAUGAUUGUUUUUAAGUCUAGCUUCCUGAGAACUACAUAAGAUAGUAAAAGGAUUAUGAGAACAAAGGCAUUGUAAUGUAUUUGCAGCCUUGAGUCUUUGGGUUUAACAGAGAAGGUCAAUUUAAUCCAAAAAAAAAAAAAAAAAAAAGAAACUUAUGGCAUAUGAAAGCAAAAAGAAUCUGAGUCAAUGUGUGGUAUUUUAGGCCAAAGCUUAGACUUCAUUCUUUUUAUUGUAUUUCAUAUUUUCCUUUGCCAUUUUGGCACUAAAAAGAAUUCUCUCAACAUCCAAGCCCUGUAAUAAAAUAAAUAUGCAUUAACUAUG